UGAAUAUCGUUGAAGUAAUGGGAUUUUUUGGGCUUGAGAAAUUGUGAAAAGGGCGGAUUUUGUUUCCAUAUAUUUCUUGAUUGGGCUCCAAGCAGCUAUUAUUAGUCCUUUGGUCAGUUACACAGCCUUGAAUAUGGUAAUAUCUCCCACCACCUUCAGACAUCUUCCUCUCUACCUCCUCCAAAUUCCUCACUGCUCUGUAACGGUACUGGAGCACAAACCUUCCAUCUCCCUCAAUGGCUCUGCAAAGACAUCCUUGCAUUGCAAUACUGUUUGCACAAGCCAUUAUUGCAACAUUUGAUGCCACUUCUGGUUUAAGGUACACAGUGGGAGGCUCUGUCUGGUCCAUCCCACCACAUCCUGGUUUUUACUACAACUGGUCCUCCUCUCAUACUUUCUAUAUCGGUGAUGUCUUAGUUUUUGACUUUGAAUACGAGUUCUUCAAUGCGAUACAAGUGCCAAAGCUAGACUACGAGAGCUGCACUGCUCUUAAUCCAAUAAGGAUCCUUACAAGAAGUCCAGCAUUGGCUAUAUUAAUUCAUGAAGGUGUAAAUUACUACAUUUGCAACAUCUCGAAUUACUGUGAUCUAGGCCUAAGAUUUUCGGUUGUGGUCCACAAGUUUUACUAUUCUGCAGGGCAUUCACCAGCCCCGUCACCCUUGCCGUCGCUACCGCCUUCUUCGCCUCCAACCUUGAGUCCAUAUCCAGCACCUGGAUCAUCUCAAGCUGGGUGGACUGAUGUAUCACAACCUUCUGUACCUAACAACAGUCCAAUAGCUCGUAACGCUGGAAGAAGAAAGGGAUUGCGUGCUAAUUCUGGUGUAACGGUUGUUGGAUUGGCUUGUGCGUUAUGUUUAGGGACGUUGUUUGUGUUACUUUGAUUCUUUGGUGUCUCCUUCAUUUAACCUAACAUCUUUUUAUUUAUUAAAAAGAUUGAGAGUGGAAAAUCUUCUUCAUUUUAGAUUCCUAGAGCGGAUUCUUGAAGCUCUAAAUCAAGACUCUCUGUGGAAGCUAACAAAUCCUAUCCCAGGAUGGACUCAUAAUCUCCUUGACAUUGCUGAAACAUGUGAUUAAUCAAAUGGUUUGUAUGAGAUUCGAGCACAUAUCUUCCACAUAUUAAAGGUGUAUGGCAGCUAGUUCAUCACCUGGACCAUCGCAAGGUGGGUGGACUAAUGUGUCGCAACCACUGGUCCCUCGUAGUAGUCCCAUGGAACCACACAGACUCACAGGUUCAUGUUGUAACUCAGGCUAGUGGCUUCCGCAUUUUGUAAGGGAUGUUGUUUGUGCAUGCUAGUUGAGCAAUUAAUAUCUCAA